AUGAUUUCGGUGGUUGCUACAAGCUCGUGGUCGCUGAUGUGGAUGCCAGUACUUUUGGCUGCUGUCCUUCAGGUGAUUGUAGUCAUCAAAAGACUAUUUUCUCCUCUGUCUCGAGUCCCGGGUCCCUUCAUCACGAAGAUUUCAUAUGUGCCCAUCUUCGCAUACGACCAACGCUCCAAACGCACAGCAUGGAUCCGACGACUUCACGACAAGUAUGGCCCUGUGGUUCGUGUUUCACCCACCGAAAUCUCUGUGGCAUCUGCCACGGGCAUUCGCGACAUUUUCGCGGGAUCGUCGAGUUCGGGAGGACCGUACCCUAAGUCUAAGACAUUCGAACUGUUCAAGCAUUUCGGUGCUCGUAACUCUUUCACCUCCAUUACCUCUGCUCAGCAUGGCUGGCGCCGAAAGGUGAUAGGGGCAAGCUAUUCGCAAAGUGCCGUUCUAGCGCGCGAGGCCGCAACAGGAAACAUUUGGCGUACCGCUGGGAAUUACAUCCACUAUAUUGGUCGCGCCGGCAUGCCCGCGGGAGGAAACUCUAUUGCCAAGUCUGUCGACAUUCAUACAGCCAACACCUUCUUCGCCGGCGAUAGUGUGUCAUCGUAUGUCUUGCUCGACGGUCUUCAGGCGCUGCUUGGCAAUGAGAAACACCAGCGACUCAUUGUCAACACGCAAGAGAAACCUGGAGACGUGCUCUCAUACUUCCACCAAGAAUAUCGAGAGUUUUUCAACUGGCUCAAUGCCAUCAAGAUCUUCGUUAGGGCGUGGGUGCCGGGGUUAGGUCCCCAGGUCUUGUCGGAGAGAACUCGGGUCGGCGACAAAGACCCCAAAAAGCUCAACUCCGUAUGGUAUGGUGGCACCGAGUACCGCGACUUCACGUACAAGAGCUAUCUGGAUGCCAAAAGCGAGCUCAAAUCGAACCCUCAGUCACUGGCUCGAGGUCCUAUCACACUGAAGCUGGCGAACAACGUCAUUACAGGAGAGCAAAUCCAGACCAGUAGGAAUCCUGUUGUCGAAGAUCCGAGCAUGAGGGGAUUUGAAAGCGAGGGGAACUUUCACAAGGACGCUGGUGCUGCCAGUGAAGCAAUGGAUCAUCUCAUUGCAGGACAAGACACGACAUCCGAGACACUCUCUCACGCAUUUCAAGCUCUUUCUAUGCUACAAAACAAGCCGAUCCAAGACAAACUUCGCGCGGAGAUUGCUACUCUGAAUCUCCCAACAGAACACGAUCAACCAUUGCAGUCCGAACAGCUAAGCCAUCUCAUGAGGGCACCAUACCUUGACGCGGUGAUCAAGGAGACACUACGUUUAUACCCACCCCACACAACGAACAUUCAACGCACCGUUCCUGCAGGCGGCCGUGUGCUCGAUGGACUUUAUUUGACUGGUGGUGCCAAGGUCGGAACUUCCGCCUAUGUCGUCCACAUGAACCGUGAGGUUUUUGGCCCCGACGUGGAAUCCUGGAAACCAGAGAGAUGGCUUCUCGAGGACAAAGACCAGGUCAGACAGAUGGAACAGACGCUGUGGGCAUUUGGUAGCGGCACAAGAGGAUGUGUUGGCAAACACCUUGCUAUGGUCGAAAUGAAAAUUCUGCUGUCGUCUCUGUACGGACGAUACACAACAAUACCGGAUCAACAGAGAGAGGUGCCCCUAGAAUCAAACCAUUUCAAGUUCCGCAGCACCAAUCGCGACUACUCUUAUUUCCCGAAUGCUGGUGGUCGGAUUGUGUUUGCGGAAGACAUCUAA